GACGAGCAUUUGCACCUUUCUGGUCCUGUCAUUCUGUUACUUGUUAGACCAGUGCUUUUAGCUAGAGGCAGCAUUGCUGUACAAACAACACGCCCUCAGUUGAAAUCUGUCGUACUGUCUCAUCAAACUAAUACGACUAUUACAAGUAGAGAACUAAACCUGUUUUUAUAGAUGCGGUCGUAAUCCGCACGCGGAUUUGGAACCGUUAUAAACGGCAGGUGCCUACUGUUAUCGUGCUAACGUUCGGUGUGCGACUGGAGCACGUUACUGUGGCGGAGACACAAUUCUACCGGCUUUCAGAAAAGUCAGCGUAGUAGAGAUGCCUUUUUUAUGACUACCGGUCACUAUUCAUUAACAAACGUAAAAGUGCUUCCUACAGAAGAUGGUGAAUUUAACCAGUAGAACCCUUCCCUAAACGUCACUGACGCCAGAAUGGAGGUAUCCAGGAGAAGAAUCCCGACAAAACACCUGGAGCCUGCAAGACCCCUGCGUCGCUGCAUGCACAUGGACGCUGAGCCUGCAGUUAAUGCUGCGUUAGCUAAGGCCCUGAGAGAGGACGAGGAUCAAGUGACAGUUGGCAUAGAGCAGUUCCUCAAGAUUGUCAACAUGACCAGACAAAAGCAAGGGAGAAUAUCCUACACAAGGGAUGUUUUAAUUGGGUUAGCAAAUUGUCCUGCAUCCAGAGAGAAGCCAAAGUUUCUACCAGACCAUCCUGUAGUCCUAACUGAAGCAAGAGAUCCUGGGCAUCUUUGGCUUCAUGAAUUGAUGUCAAACUGUGGAAAGGAAGAAGGGGCAGCAGAAGGUGUUCACUCAAUUUGACAAAGUUGCACAGGUGUUAUCCUAAAGUGUUUCCUUUGUUUAUUUAAUUUGCAUGGUUUUUAUGUAGUGAGAUUGCUAAUACUAGUUUGUGUGGUUUGUGUGUUUUAUCUUGGGUUUUGUAAUCUAGCGGCCUAGGGCUGUUUGGAUCACUAUUAUAUAAAAGCAUUCAUACAUUUCUUUUGUAAUUUAUGACAGUAAUGUAAUGUUUUAUAAAAGCAUUGCAAAAUUGAACCACUCUUGCUCAACAUAUAAAGGUCUUCUAUCAAGAAGGACUUACUUUGACUUUGCUGUCGGUGUGUUGACAUUUCCUUUCCAGCAUGUAACUGAAAUGGAAGUGUCCUGUAGCUCUUUCAGAGCAACAGGCGUAGGCUGGAUCUUGAGGUUGUGAGUGACCUCCACACAUUUGCUCGGAGAUCGAAGUGGACCAGGUACUUCCCGUCCGACCCGGCGGUGAUAUUAGCCUGUCAGCAGGAAACUCAGCCUUCUAACGCUUGUUAAUGGCUCAGAGAUAUUAAAACAGGAAGCUUUGGGCAGGAAGUCUGGUUUACACUCACUUGUAAAUUAAGCAGCUACUGUGUGUGUGUAUAAAAUGGCAGUACAAGGCAUGUACAAUAAAACAACACUCAUCUCUGUA